AUGGAGACUCUUCUAUCUCCUCGCUCUUUCUCUCCUCCUCUCACAAAACCCACUUCGAGCCCCUCGUCUUUCUCCAGACCCAUCACUUCCGGUCCGAAAUACCAAUCUUCCAAGUUCGUUAAACCGGAAUCUUCACUUCCCAAAAACUUGUUAAGCGAUGCCAAACAGGCUUGUGCAGUUGGGAGGAGGAGGAGCAUGAUGAUGGGUUUGCUAAUGUCUGGUUUAAUGGUUUCAGAAGCCAAUCUUCCAACAACAGCAUUUGCUUUGACUCCAGUGUUCAGAGAGUACAUUGAUACAUUUGAUGGAUACUCCUUCAAAUACCCUCAAAACUGGAUCCAAGUCCGAGGAGCUGGUGCUGAUAUCUUCUUUAGAGACCCUGUUGUCCUCGACGAGAACCUCUCGGUCGAGUUCUCUUCGCCUUCCUCCUCGAAAUACCAGUCACUUGAGGACUUAGGUUCACCUAAAGAAGCAGGAAAGAAAGUGCUUAGACAGUACUUGACUGAGUUUAUGUCCACUAGGCUCGGUGUUAGGCGUGAGGCCAACAUCCUCACAACUUCCUCUAGAGUUGCAGAUGAUGGUAAACUCUACUACCAAGUUGAGGUGAACAUAAAGUCAUAUGCAAACAACAACGAGCUCGCUGUGAUGCCAACAGAUAGAGUGGCUCGUUUGGAAUGGAACAGGCGCUAUCUUGCGGUUCUAGGAGUUGAGAACAAUAGACUCUAUUCACUGAGACUCCAAACACCUGAGAAAGUUUUUCAGGAAGAGGAGAACGAUCUAAGAAGAGUUAUGGAUUCGUUCAGGGUCGAAAAGAUUUAA